AUGGAUUAUGGAUCACAUUAUCUUUCUGCUGUCAGCGGGGAUUUCAAAUCGGAGAGAGUGUAUGGAGAUUCUCUUUCAUACGGAGUUUCUUCUAGAGAUCCUUCAGAGGUUUUGUUUUCACGAAAGACCAGUGGGGUAAAAGCUCUGUUGAGAAACCGCUGCUUCCUCCUAUAUUCACUGAGGAGCUUGGGAUUGUAUAAAGGUGUUCUAACUGUAUGUCAAGUGUAUAUCUUGGAAACCUUAUUCAGAGCUCUUUUUUAUCUCUUUUACGCGACCGACACCUCUCAGUAUGAUGUUUGGGAUAUGGGAUUGAUCUUUCUUCGCCUCCAGGAGAAGUUGGAUGUCUAUGGAUCUCCAUUUGUUUUGGCUGCUCAGAUAGCAAAGUUGGAGGCUUCUUUUUUUGAGGGAGAGGAUCGUUGGAAAAAGCCUUCUGAAGCUGAGGCGAAGGUGUGCCAUGAGUUUGAAGAAAAUCGGGAAGCUCUUCAAUAA